AUGUCAACAACUACCUCCCCGACCACAGCAUCACCCCCACCUCCGCCAACAACAGCUACUAGCGCUGCAAUCCCCUCAACGACGACCGCGACGACCACCUCAAAAAAGCCACGUCGAGUGGAGAUACUGCCCGUCGAGUCCGACAAACUAAAACACUCAUUUGCGGGGGCUAUUGCUGGGUGUGUCAGUUCUAUAGUGACAUGUCCAUUGGAUGUGGUGAAAACACGACUACAAAAUCAGAAUUCUUACCUUGCCAAGGGAAUCUAUAAUAGUAAUCACAUUCGCGGUUCUGCUGGGCCAUUAUAUAAAGGAACUGGAGGGACAUUGAGGCGGAUUUGGCGAGAGGAAGGUAUUCGUGGACUAUAUCGAGGUUUAGGACCCACAUUAUAUGGAUAUUUACCUACAUGGGCUAUAUACUUCAGUGCAUAUGACUAUUUCAAAUUGGCUCUAGCAGAAGAAGGUAUACGGGGAUUCUACAAAGGUCUUGGACCGUCGUUGAUGGGUGUUAGUCAUGUGGCAGUACAAUUUCCACUAUAUGAAAAAAUGAAAAUUUGGUUAAAAUCUCCAGACCAUGAUCAUCUCUCAAACCUAUCGAUCCUCUACGCGUCAUCCGCCUCAAAAAUGGUCGCCUCGAUGGCCACAUACCCACACGAAGUAGUCCGAACACGACUGCAAAACCAAACAGUACAACCGCACAAGUAUCACGGGGUAAUACACGCGGUGCGAGUUAUCUCGCACGAGGAAGGAUGGACCGCCUUCUAUAAAGGAAUGAUGACGAAUCUGUUGCGUACUGUGCCGGCAAGUGCGUUGACUAUUUUGACAUAUGAAAUUUUGGUGAGGCGGUUGAAUACUGAAUCUCAGGGUGGUUGA